GAAGUCCACAGCUGGUGGAGGUGUUCAACUAAGUGAGUGACAGACAGAAUGAGUGAGUGAGACCUGAGACCCGAACACUGUCUCUCCUGUCAUCAUGAUACCACUGCUCAUCAAUAACUCGCUGUUUAUUAAACAUGUACCGUUCCUGCCCCUAAACCAGUCGGAAGCGUUCUGCAGCCAGUUUAAGAACGGCCAUUGGUACUGCUACGUCCUCCUCGUUCUUUUCACCUUCACCCUGCCCCUGGGCAUCCUGGGUAACGUGGUGGCUCUGUUCAACUACACCUGCUUCAGGAGGACACGUAGUCUGUCCACCAGCAAUGUGUUCCUACUCAACCUGGCCAUGUGUGACUCUGCCUGGAUCCUCACCCUGCCCUUCACCAUCUACUUCAGCCUCCAGAGGCCCUUCCUCAAGGCCAUCCAGACCUUCUGCCAACUCAAGAAGAUCUUCUUCAACAUCAACAUCUACGGUAGUAUUCUCUUCCUGACUCUGAUCAGCUUCGAUCGCUACGCCGGCACCGUGCACCCCAUCAGCUCCCGCCUGUGGUGGGACGUAGGCAAAGCCAAGCUCUGCUCCACCUGCGUUUGGGUCUUCCUCUUCCUGGGCUCCAUCCCUGAACUCUUCGUGACCUUCGCCAUCCAGAGACCGGGGAACGUGACCGUGUGCAUGGACCACAUCCAGGGUCCAUUCGUCUACGUCAAAACCAUCUCCAUCAUCAGGACUCUGUUGGGCUUCGCCCUGCCGUUCAGUGUCAUGCUGGCCUUCUAUGUGAUGACAGUGCGGGUGUUACGAGGAAUGCCCCGGGGAAAGAGAAGGGGUUGUGGCGGGUGUCAGUGGGUGGGGAAGCCCCUGCUGCUCAUCACCGCUGCCCUGCUGGUGUUCGUGGUGUCCUUCGUGCCCUACCACGUCAUGAUCAUGACCCUGGUAUUCAUGAGGAUCCACAACCAGGUAACUCCCGCCAACGUGCACGUCCUCUAUGCCUCCUAUGAGUUCUUGGAGGCCAUGUGCAGUGUGAGUUGCUGCCUGGACCCCAUGCUGUACAUCCUGGCCAGUGACAGGUUCCAGAGGAGACUGCAGGCCCUCAGGAGGGGCCACCACAGGGCGCUAUGCUGCAGGCGUAGCAGGAGGGUAGGGGUGGAGGGCUGACAGUGGAAAGGGCCUUCUAUUAUAGUCAGCUGUAUUCAAUUCAAUUCAUUUAGUAAACUACAAAAUAGUUUGAUCGUUUUAUUUGAUGAUCUAAAAAGACACAUAUUAAGGGCCGGUGUAAUGUGCAGGCGUUAGUGGGCCUGGCACACCUAACGUUCCUCCUUGCCCAACCAAAUCAAAUAUUUAAAUAUUGAUAAUUUAUUUUUGUCCAGACAGCAUCAGAUACAUGGGCUAGAUAUAGUAAGACAGAGAGGCGCUGUUUCGCUGACUCUGAUUAUUUUUCAGAUGCGUUUGCUAUCUCAUCCUGGAAUAUACAAGGUCUUAUGUCAUCUAUCUUUGGCCGAAAGAGCAGGAACCCAGACUUCAUCAAAUAAAUUGGAAAUACAGACAUUGUCAUCCUACAAUAAACAUGGUAUAGAGGAGACGGACCCACUGGUUGCCAUCUAGGUUACA